CUCUCUCUCUCUCUCUCUAGAUUCCGUCUCCUUCCAAGUUCUCCCAAAUAAAUAACCGCCGCCUCUUCACAUUUCUCCUCAAAAUUUCUAGGGUUUUAUCAUCAUCGUCAUCAGGAUUUCUUCGAUCGAUGGAGAGCCCGAGCAAUGGCGGGAUGCUGUACCACGAGGUUCAAGAAUCGAAGCUCUGCGCUGUUCACUGCGUGAACACUGUUCUUCAGGGGCCUUUCUUCUCUGAGGUCGAUCUCGCGGCGCUCGCCUCCGAUCUCGAUCGGAGCGAGAGGCAGGUGAUGAGCCAGGGCGGAGGAUCGUCGGGGGAUUUCUUGAUGGAGGACUCUCACAAUGUGUCCAUGGGCGGCGAUUUCAGCAUUCAGGUUUUGGAGAAGGCUCUCGGUGUAUGGGAUCUGCAAGUAAUCCCAUUCAACUCUCCUGCUGCGGAGGCAUCAAACUGUGAUCCUGAGCUAGAAUCUGCUUUCAUUUGUCAUCUGCAUGACCACUGGUUCUGCAUUCGGAGGGUAAACGGAGAGUGGUACAACUUCAACAGUCUCUAUGCAGCACCAGAGCAUCUGUCAAAGUUCUACCUCUCUGCCUUCCUUGAUACUCUCAGAGGCUCAGGCUGGAGUAUUUUCAUGGUCCGAGGCAACUUCCCUAAGGACUGCCCUCUACAAUCAUCUAAUGCUUUCGGACAGUGGCUAACACCUGACGAUGCUCAGAGGAUAACAAAAUCAUGCAAUGAGAGGCAAGCUCUUCCACAGGGACAAGAUCCCUCCCAAUUCAUGAAUGACGCAGAUGCACUUGCAGCUCAGGAAGAGGAGGAUCUCAAUGCUGCAAUUGCUGCAAGCUUAAUGGAUUCCUCAAACUUCACCUCAGCAAGCUCACCUGCAGUUGGCUCACAAACGAAGGAAGGCGCGGAUGCUGCAACUGCUGCAAGUUUGCUCGGUUCUGCUUUCAGCAUCCCGACAUCACCAUCAAUGAGCUCGAACCUUGCUGGCUCACAAUCAACCGCUAAUGAGAGUAGCAGCACUGAUCCUCAAUCAAAUGCUAAUGAGAGUGGCAGCAGUGAUCCUCGUCCAGAUCAGAAUACGACUAGCGAGCCCACAACCACCAUCUCAUCAGAUGCUGCUGAACUUCACGAAACUGAAACGACUCGUGAUGAUAAGGAUCAAUGAGGCUGGGAUCCUAGCAAAGACCGAGUUCUAAAACUGUGUCAAAAGACAGAAUUCCAAGUAUCAAGAUCCUCAUUACGAUUCUUCUGUCAAAAAAAAAGAUCCUCUUUUUUUUUAAAAGAAAAAGAUCCUCUUACGAUUCUGUAGCUUUAUUCUGUGGCAGUCAUGAUUUAUUGUGCAUUUUAGUGUACUUUGUAGAAUUCAAUGGCUAUACAUCAACUCAUAAAAACUGAGAUUAGCUUUGCUGGAUUUUCAUGGGAAGAAAUGAAAAUAAAGCUACAUUUUUCAGGACAA